UGGGGGCGGGGCACGGAACUGCAUUCUCGCGGAACCGAGACGCCCGUCGUCCAGGUGGCGUGGGGGGAGGAGACGGUGAGGGACCAGGCUUGAAGAGACUAGGAGGCGGAGCGAUGGAGCCGCUGCGGGUGCUGGAGCUGUACAGCGGCAUUGGGGGCAUGCACCAGGCACUGAAAGACAGCUGUGUAUCUGCAGAAGUGGUGGCUGCUAUUGAUGUAAACACUAUUGCAAAUGAAGUAUACAAGCAUAACUUUCCUCAUACACAAUUAUGGGCCAAAACUAUUGAGGGAAUUACGCUCCAGGAAUUUAAUCAGCUGUCCUUCAAUAUGAUUUUAAUGAGUCCUCCGUGUCAGCCAUUCACAAGAAUUGGCCUACAAGGAGAUGUGACUGAUCUGAGGACAAAGAGUUUCCUGCACAUUCUUCAUAUUCUCCCAAGGCUGCAAAAAUUACCAAAGUAUAUCCUUUUAGAAAAUGUUAAAGGAUUUGAAGUGUCUUCCACCAGAGACCUUUUUGUGCAAACACUAGAAAGUUGUGGCUUUAAAUACCAAGAAUUUCUAUUAUCUCCAAUGUCCCUUGGUAUUCCAAAUUCCAGACUACGUUACUUUCUUAUUGCAAAACUUCAGUCAGAACCAUUACCUUUUCAAGUUCCUGGUCAGGUAUUAGUCGAAUUUCCUACAGUUGAAUCUGCAAAUUCACAAAGGCACACAAUUACCAUAGAUGUGAGGAAAAACAGUGAAGAGAGGAAAAUGGAACCUAACCCUCACUGUGACGGCAAUACACAGUGUUCUGGAAAAGAGACAUUCCUUUUCAAACUGGAAACUGCAGAAGAAAUAGAGAGAAAACUUCAACAGGACAGUGAUCUCUCUGUUCAGAUGUUAAAAGAUUUUCUUGAGAUUGACGAUGAUAUGAGUCAGUACUUUUUGCCACCAAAGGCCUUGUUACGCUAUGCUCUUCUAUUAGACAUUGUUCAGCCCACUUGUAGGCGAUCGACAUGCUUUACAAAAGGCUAUGGAAGCUAUAUAGAAGGGACUGGAUCUGUCUUGCAAACUGCUGAGGAUGUACAGAUUGAAAAUGUCUACAUGUCUCUUGAAACAUUGUCAGAAGAAGAGAAGCUUAUGAAGUUAUCAAUGCUUAAAUUGCGAUAUUUUACCCCUAGAGAAAUAGCAAAUCUUCAUGGAUUUCCUCCAGAGUUUGGAUUUCCUGAGAAGAUAACAGUGAAACAAUGUUACCGCCUACUUGGGAAUAGUCUUAAUGUACAUGUAGUGUCCAAACUCAUCAAAAUCUUGCUUGGGUAAUGGUGACAUACUUUCAGAUGAUGGUAAUGAUGUUCCCUCAUGUUCAGAAGAGAAUGAUGAAAUUUUUAUUUUAAAAAUUAUUUUGAACAGAUUCAACCACACGGUUAAAUUUCUUUUAGAAAGAAUUUGAAAUUUUAAGUUAUUUAAUGGUCAUUGUAAAAAAUGUUAUCAAUUCAAUUUAGAAAACAUUUAUUUAAGCACUUACUAUAAUCAGAAUUCUUGGCUAGAUAUUGGAUUUCAUUUUCCUUUAAACUUCUCAUUACUAUCUACUCUAUUUUAUAAAAUAAAAGUCAUUGUUACUCAUACUGAGUGUGAAGAAUAUAUGCUAAAUCUAAAUAUGUAAAUGAAAAAUAUAUUCUAAAAAUAUGUCCCUUGAAUAAAUGAAUUAAGAUACAGGUAUCAUAUAGUGACCGUCACACAUUUAGGACCAUUGAUCUAUUCUAAAUAAAAAGACUUCUGUUCUUUUGAUGAAUUUUUUUGAUGAAUUUUUUUGAUGAAUAGUUCAUCAGGUUAUGUGGGAAGAUCUUUUUAAAAUGUGUUUAACAAUGUAAUUGAUAAAUUACUUAUUUUUGUAUGCUAAAUAAAGAUUAGUUGUUUUAAUGUUU